GGAGGUAGCCGGGCAGUGCGAGUGAGCUCAGCAAGGGCGUCGGUCAUCUCUUGUUUAUAGCUGCCUGCUUUACCUGCUGCUCCACCGCACAGAGUACCUGUCAGUGCCACCAUGACUGGACGCUCUCCACACCUGCUGCUGGUACUGGCGGCGGCGGCGGCGACGGCGACGACAGGGCCCGAGUCCUCCACAGGUCCCGGCAGUCUCCACCACACUGAGGAACACCCACACACUCGCCUCACAACACCGGAGCUGAUGAAGGUCCGCGGGUACACAGCAGAGACUCACCACCUCAUCACAGAAGACGGAUACAUCCUGGAGAUGCACCGCAUACCGUAUGGCCGCAUCGCGGACGCUGCCGCACUGCAUGCUACACUGAACCCCUUCACUUCCUUCAGGGACCCCUUCCUCUACCCUCACGCCUUCCCUAACAUUUCCCAAAACACUCUACACCCUCUGGGAGACGUGGUGAAGCGUGCGACUCUACACUCACCAGGAGCAGCAUCGAGGACCAGCGGCGGCGGGAGGAACAAGAGGAACAAGCCUCGUCGUGUGGCCUUCCUCCUCCACGGCGUCUUCUCGUCGAGCGCAGACUUCGUGAUGAAUGAUCCCGACCAGGCAUUAGGGUUCAUAUUAGCCGACGAGGGAUACGACGUUUGGAUCGGCAACACCAGAGGAAACUUCUACGGCCGUCGCCACGUCACCCUCUCACCUGACCAGCCAGAGUUCUGGGACUACAGCUGGAACGAGAUAGCGCGCUACGACGUGCCGGCCAUGUUGAGCUACGUGCGCAAGGCGACGGGUGCUCCUCAGGUCUACUACGUCGGUCACUCUCUGGGCGCCGCCAUUUUCUUUGCUACGCUGGACUACCACCCACACAUCAACUCCUGGGUGCGUGUGAUGGCCGCCUUGGCGCCCGCCGCCUACAUAACAGGCAGACCUGUCCCCAUGAGUGUGGUGUCACCAUUUGCGAAUUUGAUUGAUGACCAACUGUCACGCACGAGGCACCUCGAGUUGCUACCGCUGACGCCCAAAAGAGUUGACACGAGCUCGUCAGUGUGUGCAGAUGGAGCCGUCGCCAACUUCCUGUGUGUUUUCAUAUAUUUCACCGUUGCUGGUGGAUCAAACGGUUUCUACCUGGAUAGAGAGUAUAUGCCUGUGAUCUUCUCCCACUGGCCGGCCGGGACUGGUCUUCACAUAGUGACUCAACUGCUGCAGGUCCACCACUCAGGAAGAUUUCAUGCCUUCGACUACGGGCCAGAGAGAAACCUUCUGGAGUACGGGUCGCCCUCGCCACCAGAUUACUCCCUCAGUAGCGUCAACGUCCCCGUCGGUAUCUUCUGGUCGGAAAACGACUUUGUCGUCGACCCACAGGGUGUCCGGCUGACGGCGGCAAAGCUGCCCAAUCUGGUCCUCGACCAUCGGGUUUCAGUUCGAAACUUCAACCACAACGACUUCCUUCUGGCAGAGAACGCUGCCGACGUCGUCUACCGCCACGUCGUGCAGCUCCUCCAGGAUUACAGUGACUAACGAGUCUCCAGCAACUUACACCCUAAGCUGUAUUUAGCUUCAUACUCUCUUUAUAUUUAUUAUACUUAUAUUUAUUA